AUGGAUGCUGAAUCAGUGAUUGGCAAUGAGGGGGGGAUUAGGCGCUCCCUCCGGCGCAAGACUGAUGUACCCUACCGCAUGUAUGAGAUCAGCUCAGAAGAGGAAUCAGAUCCGGAGCCUUCUAAUAAGAUUAAUGUAUGUGCUUUGACUUGUUGUUCUUGGACCUAUUUACGUGGAAGAAACAACUUCCUGUAGUAAAUCUGUGCCGACUUGCAGCUUUAAUGACCUAUAUAUCUGUGCAUUGCUGUUUUUGUUGCCCUACUCUUUAUAUGCUUUUGUGAACCUAUCGAUCAAUGUUACAUACUUAAUGAAGACCUAUGAUGUGUCAAAGCAUGGAGAAUAAAGUUUCACAAUAAGUUUCUUUUUUUUUCUUUUUUUUUCUUUUUUCUUUUUGGAAUGAGUGAUGCGUUAGUGUUUUAUAAACUCAAUAUCAGUAAUAUGAUGGUCUAUGUUCUUACCAAAGGCGUUUGAUUUUAAUUUGGAUGUCUAACCCGAAGGAUAAAUUGAAAACGUCUGGAGUACUUUUACAUCAAACUUUUGCUGAUGAAAAUAUAUUUUCAAAGGCUGUGUUCAUUAAAUAUCGCAAAUAUUUUUGUAUUACUAGAUAUAUUUAUUUUUUUCAUCCCCAAUUAUAGGGUUGUUCAAUUGUUGUCUUGGCUUUUGUCUUACACAUGGUUAAAUUGUACUUCUGUGUGAUGCAAAUAUUCUAAUAAUGCCUUUCUGCAGGAACGUGGCUUAAAAAGUCCUCAGAAAAUCAAUGACACACGGAAGCAUUCAGAGCCCUCCCGUCCUCAGAAGGUAUAGAUUACAUAGAAGGACGCAAUUUGUACCCCUGCAAUUUCUUUUGUUUCCAAGGUGCUUGAUUAGAGCGUCAAUUCUUAUAAACAGAAAUCUCCAAGAUGGUGUCCAGAAGAAGCAUGCAGACCCAUCAUUGAUGAAGCUCCGGUGUUUUACCCAACUGAGGAGGUGAAAUCUUGUUCCACAAUAACCCCUCUCUUUUCAGAGCCAUGAAUUUCUUUCGCCCUUCGUCUGAUGAUCCAUGCGAUCAUGUUUUCUCUUAUUGUGUAUGUUAUCGAUUCAUUCCAGGAGUUUGAGGACACACUUAGGUACAUUGAGGGUAUACGCCGAAUUGCAGAACAGUAUGGCAUAUGCCGCAUUGUACCACCUCCUUCGUGGAUGCCUCCUUGUCCUUUGAAACAAGAUUGCAUAUGGCAAUGUGCUAAAUUUACCACUCGAGUUCAACAAGUCGACAAACUUCAAAAUAGAGAGCCAAUGAAGAAAAAGAACAGGAAUUGUUGUCUCAGAAAAAGGAAGCGAAGGCGGGGCCUUAAGUUUGGUAUGACUCGUAGGCGUACUGCAUCUGAUUCUUCUGAGAUCAACGAUUGUGGUACCUCAGACACAGAGGAAAAGUUUGGCUUUCAAUCUGGCUCUGACUUCACACUACAAGAAUUUGAAAAGUAUGCGGAGGCAUUCAAAGAAAGGUAUUUUGGAGCUGAACGCACCAAUGAAAAUUCCUCAUCCUGUAGUUCUGAGUUGGAAAGGUGGAAGCCGUCAGUAGAAGAAAUUGAAGGAGAAUACUGGCGAAUAGUUGAGAAGUCAUCUAAGGAUGUUGAGGUGAUUUCAUACGUUGAACAAAGCUUUUAAUGUUCCAUUUCCUAGAAAAUCCUUUCAUGUGGUGUUUAUGUAGAAAUAUCUCCAUCUUUAAUUUGCUACAGGUUCAUUAUGGUGCUGACUUGGAAACUGGAGUUUUUGGCAGUGGUUUCCUUAAAAGGACACUGUCGUCUAAAGUUGGCUUGAAUAAGUACCUUUUAUCUGGUUGGAAUCUAAAUAACAUUCCACGGCUUCCUGGGUCUAUUCUUUCCUUCGAAAGUGAAGAUAUCUCUGGUGUGCUAGUACCUUGGCUAUACAUUGGGAUGUGUUUCUCGUCUUUCUGUUGGGUAAGUUCUUUAUUGUAUGCUUUUUAACCAUUAGUUAUCACCUCAAUUUAUAAUUUUAUCUGACAGAAAUGAUAUCAUUGCCAUUGUUUUGUGUUAUGUUGUGUUGAUUGAGUUUUUUGUGUUCUGUUUAAUGCACUUUUAAUUUCCCCAAGCAUCUCAUGUUCAUUAUUCCAUUAAUUUUUCUUCCAUUGUUCCUUCUAGAGGCUAGGAGUAACUCGGGAUUUGUGGAGGUAGUGGAUGUAAUGUCAUGUGGAGAAGAAACGUGCCAACUCUCCGUUUAUUAGACCUUUUGAUUUCAGGGCUCUGCAUGUGUAUUUCUUACGUUUAUUUUAUUUCUAGUAUUCCUUAUGGACCGUCCUCUUGUUUUGUGUAUAUCAAUAGCACGUUGAAGACCACCACCUAUAUUCUCUGAACUACAUGCAUUUUGGUGAUCCAAAACUGUGGUAUGGUGUUCCUGGAAGCCAUGCAGUGAAAUUGGAAGAUGCCAUGAGGAAGCGUUUGCCAGAAUUGUUUGAAGAACAGCCUUUCUUAUUAAAUGAACUGGCAAGUUUUUAUUUCUCCUUUCAUUCUUCUCCUUUUUUUCAAGGUCACAUCAGACCUGAGCAUGUGUUUCAUGCACCAUAGGCUACGAUAUCCUGGCUUAUGGUGCAUGCUGCACGCAGCCUGGGCUUGUGAUGAUGUCUCAUUUAGUUAUGGGUCAUGAUAGCGGGUGGUUUUCAAUUGAAAAUGUGGUUAUUUACCUCACUAACAGGUAACGCAGCUAUCUCCAUCAGUUCUGAAAUCUGAGGGUGUGCCAGUUUACCGUGCUGUUCAGAAUGCCGGAGAGUUUGUUCUCACUUUCCCUAGAGCAUACCAUGCUGGUUUCAAUUGUGGCUUCAAUUGUGCCGAGGCCGUAAAUGUUGCGCCUUUGGACUGGUUACCACAUGGACAAUGUGCUGUGGAGCUUUACAGUGAACAACGCCGGAAGACAUCUGUUUCUCAUGACAAACUUCUGAUGUGCGCCGCACAUGAGGCUGCUAGAUCACUUUGGGAGUUGGCCAUUCUUGGUAGGGAGAACUCCGAAAUCAUAAGAUGGCAAAGUGUCUGUGGGAAGGAUGGUGUACUUACCGGAGCAAUUAAGGUAACAGCAGCACUGUUAUAUGCAGCUAACUAUUCGGAACUCUAUUUAUCUGUUUAUUUGAUGUUGAUGUUUAGUUAAUGACCGAACUAAAUUUUCAGGAACGAGUUAGAUUGGAAAAGGAAAGAAGAAGAAAUCUUGCUGGGCACUUUGAUUCUAGAAGGAUGGAGAAGAACUUCGAUUUGUCAAGCGAGAGAGAAUGUUUCUGUUGCUUCUAUGACUUGCACCUCUCAGCUGCCAGUUGUGAGUGCUCCCCAAGUCGGUUCUCUUGCUUGAAUCAUGCGAAAUCACUUUGCAGCACAUGUGAACCAGGGAAAAGAUUUUACGUUUUCCGAUAUGAUUUAGAUGAAUUGAAUCUGCUUAUAGAAGCAUUGGAAGGUAAUAUUACUGCAAUCUACCAGUGGGGGUUGAUGGAUCCAAUAUUAGCUUCUCGUUCAAGCGCCAGAUUUUUGGUAAAACUGGCGAUGAAGGCACCACUCUUCUCUUCUCCCCAUCUGGAGGUGCCUGAUAUUAAUAAGCCAUGCAAAUCUGAGCGCGAUGAUACAGCAGGGGAUGUGAAGUCUGUAUGGAAGAUGCAAGAACAAUUUGAAGAUACCCAGCCAAUCUUGACUAACGUACUCCGCCGAGAAAAUCGCAGUGGAACAUCUUGUUCUGGAGAUACUAAGUCUUUUGGUAACAUUUUGGACAUGCUGCUGUCUACUGGCUGUGAACUGCGUCAGCCACGAUCAUCUUCAGCACCAGAGAAAGGAAAAAGUCAUUCCUUUAAUGAUGUAUCCCUACCAAUGGAUUUGAACCGACGUGAUUUUGAGAGUGGGAAUCACCUCAGCUUGUCGGUCAACUGCAUAGAGCUUGUUGAUCUUGGGAACAUAAUUCCUGCAAAGGGAUGGUUCAAUUCUGAAGCUAUUUUCCCCAGGGGUAAGCCUGACAACACUCCAGGGAGUUUUCUGCUGCCUUUAAUUCGUUCAUUUUUGCUUGAAAAUCUUCAUUGAUAACGAGGCAACGGCCGUUUUCAGGUUUUAGAAGCCGUGCUAGAUUCAUAGAUGUUCAUGAUCCAACAAAAAUGUGCAAUUACAUUUCAGAGGUCCUGGAUGGCGGUGUCCUGGGGCCUUUAUUUAAGGUAGUGAUUCUCAGUGUUGAUCAUAGCUAGUUCUAUUCAAUGCCUUCUCAAUUUAGUUAUUGUGCAUGGUUAUCAAUUCAUCAUUACUGGAUGGAGCUUCUUUUUAUUUUUUAUUUAAAAAUAAAAAUAAAAAUAAAAAUAAAUGCAAGUCUUUCUCUGUUACCAUUCCGUAUUAGUUUGAUUUCUCUCCUCGUUUACACUAAUUCUGAGGAUGUUUUCCGUUGGCGAAUUAUCUGUUUGAUUCGGUAGAUAUCUCUCAAUGGAUUUCUGACAUUAUCUCUACUGGAUGGAGGUUCUUUUUAUUUUUUCUAUUUACAAGUCAAAAUUAAAAUAAAUGCAAGUCUUCCUCUAUCUAUUUGAUUCAGUAGAUAUCUCUUAAUGGAUUUCUGACAUUCUCUCUACUGAUCACAGGUUAUGGUGGAAGACAGACCAGAGGAAAGCUUCAUAUACACGUCUGUUGGUGAGUGCUGGGAAGCAGUCCUUGACAUAUUGAACCGGAAAGUCAAACCCCUGAGACACAUAGACGAACUGAAGCCCCCUCCGAUUAAGGUCCCAAAGUUUCUUGACGGUCUUCAGAUGUUCGGCCUUCGGUCCCCUGCAAUCAUCCAGGUACUCAAAGGCCGAGAAUGAAGAUCCCCAUGUGCAAACAAAUUAGAUCAUCUGCAUUUUUUUUACCUUUUCUUUUCAUUAAGUUUUGUUUUUCUGUUCAUCUUCAUUUAUUUCUAUGUUCGUUCACGAGAUCUUGAUGUCUUCCUAAAUACAAAUACCUCAUUUAAAAAUUAAAAAUUAAAAAAUAAAACUGGGCGGAGAAUGAAGAUCCCCAUGUGUAAAAAAAUUAGAUCAUCUGCAUUUUUUUACCCUUUUUUUUCAUUAAGUUUUGCUUUUAUGUUCAUCUUCAUUCAUUUUUAGACUCGUUCAUGAGAUCUUGAUGCCUCCCAAAUACUUCAUUAGAGAAAAAAAAAAACUGGAAUACCCUUUUUUUCUUCAUUUUCAGCAUAAAAAAAUAUAUAUAUAUAUUGAUUCUCCAUGGGCAGGCUAUCGAGGCACUGGAUCCCCACCAUCUCUGCUCCCACUACUGGGCAGCGAAAGCUGAUCGAAAUUUGAAAUCCAUGGUGAUCGAGAGCCGCAUCCCCCAGGGAAACAGAGCUUCCGGCGAAAACCCAACAAGAUUAUUUGGAGCGUGGAUCUGA